GGCAUAGCAGCAUAGCCAGAGAACGAAGAGGAGAAGCCAGAUCAGUUGACGCCGGCCGCCAAUGGGGGUCUUUUGAUCGAUGUUACGAGUGAUCUCGAUGAGUCGGCGAGUCGGUGCUGUGUGGGUUCUUCCGCCACAGCGGGAAGAUCGAUACAGGACAUUGAGAGGAGCCGACGGCGGACACGGUGAGGUACGAAGAAUGAUUAGGUUUGUGGGUGGGACACUGAUUGGGACCGCGGUGUGAACCAGGAGGCUUCUCCCUCAGGUGGUUCUUCCACCUCCAGGCACGAUCCCGCGCCAGAUCGCAGGGCGGAGCUUCAAGGUGACACAGCAGAUGUGACGCGUGACAUCAGAGUGGCGGUGCCUCAUUUGCGCACUCUCUGUGAAGCUUCGCCCUGCGCCUCAUCCCCAAGACGCAGUGUUAUCGCACGCUCAACUUGAUUACCCACACUAUCAAUCUUUCUCGCCUCCAUUUUUUCCAACUCGCUGCGCUCGUCUCUGUAAUCAACAACCACCAGGGCGGGCGUCUCGUUGCGCAGCCGUCGAACCGGAUGGAUGCGCUGCUGUUGAUGGGCGAACGUGGCGCGGGGCAGUCUCGAGCUGACUUGAUACCCGUGGGAGGAAGCCGUGGAAGCAGAGAUGACGGAUAACCCGGCUCUGUGUCUACACGCAUGGACCGCGAGUCUGCUGGAGCUCGUGCCUAUGCGGACGUCGUCCGUUAGGAGGUCCUGACGGGUCCUUUGCUGAGGAUCGUCGUUGGCACUACGGCCGCGGAGUGUCCGGACACCCGCCUACUAGGAGCUCUCGAGGCCGAUACCGCGUCUGGCUGAUGGAGCUGCUUCCUCGCGUCGCACCCAGAUGCGUAGCACAGCCUGGACAGCGGCAGUGGCCGAGGACCAAGAGAAGGCGACAUGUGUCGGUCGGCUCCCGGAGUGUUUCUGAGAGGCUCGCCAGAACGCUUGCACUCUUUGGGGCAGACCGCUCCUCUCCGACUCCUCGUUAUGCCGGAAUCGCUGGCAAAUGGACGUCAAAUGAGAGGGCGCCGAUAGCAUCUCCGCGUAUGCUGCGUCCCAGCACGACCACGGCGUGCAUGGUUCGUCAUUUCUGUGCAGUCGACAGAUUCGAUCGAAAGACGGAGGGAGUGAUCGAAGCGCACUGCACACACGGCGAAUCGAUCUGUCUGGUCAAUCGAGCGCCGCGCACGGAGGGCUCAGACGGACACCGAGAGAGCAUCAGGGCCAAUCCGAAUCGCUGCAUAAACCUCUGCCCGCGCGAUCCCUGCCAUCCGAUCCCGGUCCCGUCGCUUCUCGAUUCCAGCCGAGAUCCAGAACGACCCCACAUCCCGCGCCCGCACUCAGCACAUCACAUCAGCGCCGCAAUGACGCGCCGUGAAUGUGCCUGUGCCUCUACCGGUGGUCCGAUGCAUCUGCUCUAUCCCGAAGCGCUGCGAUGGCCCCCGCACGCUCGGGUCUGGCCGCUGAGGCUCGGACGGUCCUGUCGGUCGCCACCCGCCGCCGUGUCUUUGGAUCAGGCUUGACGCGCAGGCUGCAUUCAAUCAGCGUCUAAUGCAAUCCACGGAAGAGCAGAAGACGUACUUACUCCUGUUGUCACGCGCGCGGACCGCCCGUGAUGACCUCUGGCUCGGUCCCAGUUGGCCAUCUUUGACGACGGUCGCGCAGUCUGCCUCAUGUGGGCGGCCAACGCCCAUGGUAUUCUCGAGCUGGAUGAGAGUACGAUGCGCGAGCCCCUGGCAGACCCGAAAAGGAAAUUGGAGCAGCCGCACUCAGCACACUUCCCAUCCGUGAUCCAGACGCGACGCGAUGCAUCCAAACGUAGAUCUCAUGUAGAGUAUGGACUGGAAGACUCGUGCAUGCGGGGUCUCAUGAACUUUGCGACGCGCUAGUUUCGAGAGUCGGGGGAACUGCGGCCGGAUGAAGUCGACCUGGUGGACGAGGGGGGAUGGAAAGAGGAUGGGCGCGUUGGCUAGGAUGUGGUGGUGGUGGUGGUGGUGAUGUUUCACCGGGCAGCAAACGUGCUGGGGGUGUAAGGGAGUGGUGGCCAUCUGCAGCGGCGCCUUUCACCGGGAUCCCCGGGCAGAACAAAAAUCGCUGCAUAUGUGAAUCUGACACGUCUGGCACGACGUUGCUACUGCUGCUACAUACCAUUCCCGAUGCCAUGAGGCAGUCAUGUCUAUGCUCUGACUCCAAGCAGUCAAAUUACCCCAAUGCCUGGAACCGAAUAAGGGACCAUUGCAACUAAAUGCAGUCAAAUCACCCAGCCGCUAUACUUGGCAUAGUGUUUACCUUCCCCUCACCUCGGUUGCUCCACCGCUGCUGCUUUCGCAACGUGAUUUUUAUUCGUAUCCCUGCUCCUUGCAUCUCAACUCAUCGCGGGGCUCGAUGAACUAAGGCGUAUGGCAGAGGAAACGUUGGUGCCUUUGAUCACGUGGCCGCACAGCCCAGCACACG